AUGGGGUCCCUGCUAUCCCACCAGCCAUUCAAGGCUCUGGGAUAUCUCGGGUUUGCCCUUUUUGUCACACCUUGCUUUCUGCUGGCAAAUUCGUCCCGUUUUCUUUCCAGCUCCCUCCGCCAAGAUCCAGCAUGGAGCAUGAAAACUGCCUUGAUAUGCGCCUACGUGCGCCUCAUUACCAGAUUCGUGUCGCUGGUAAGGGAUCAGCCGUAUGAACAAGCAAAGGCUGCAACAUUCAAGGAGCGUUGUGUGAAAAUCGAACCUUCCAACUCGAAGCACUUCAUCGGACCCAUCGCCGAGGGCAGUGUGAAGCCCAAAACGACUACCGGUGUUUGGUUUCCCAGCCUACCAGAGGCCACCAAGCCCGACGAGAAGGUCGCCAUUCAUUAUCCAGGAGGAGCAUUCGUCCUUGCAUUUGGGGUUGAAAUGAUUGGUGCGAUGGUAGCUGAUAAUUUGGUGGGAAAGCUGGGCACUGACAAGAUGCUCUACGCCCAGUACCGCCUCUCCCGUGACGAAGAGUCUCGCUUCCCUGCUGCUGUUCAGGAUGCUGUUACAUUCUACAGCUACGUUUUAUCCCUAGGUUUCAAGCCGGAGAAUAUUAUUAUUUCCGGUGAUUCUGCAGGGGGGAACGUCGCACUGGCUUUGCUUCGAUAUCUUGAGACGAACACGACCGAUCUUCCACUGCCCAGUGCCGUCCUCACCUGGUCACCAUGGGUCGAGGUGCCCUCGGAUUCCGGGCCCAUAUUUGACUCGCAACCUAACUCUCACAAAGAUAUGCUAUCUGGAACGAUUCUACAGUGGGGUGCCGACUCAUACAGACCAGCCUCGAUGUUGGACGAAGAAGUUGAGGCAAUGGUAAACCCAUUGCAUCACCCCUUCAAGACCCGAGUGCCAAUAUUCUUGCAUGCGGGUGGUAAUGAAGGAUUUUGCGCAACAAUCAAGGAGUUCUCGCAAGAGAUGGCUGCGCUCAACGGACAGGAAAGGGUCAAAUAUCAUGAAACGCCAUUAGCACCGCAUGACAUCUUUCUCACGCAUUCCGUUGUUGGAAUGGGCGAGCAGAAUAUAGCCGCGAUUGAAAUGGCUGGUUCCUUUUUGGAGGAAUGGAGCAGAAGUGCUGAACACCCCACAGUUGUUUCGUCAAUCUAUCUACCCGGACAACCGCGGUCUAGCCAUGGGCGUGUUCAGUUUUGGGCCGUACAUGGGCCCAUUGUGGGAGGGUUCAUGGGCGAGGCCGCAGGUUGGCGUUGGCCCUUGUGGUUCUACACUAUCCUAUGCGGCAUCGUACGGAUCUUGUGUGUUUCGUUGACACCUGAGACUUAUGCUCCGGUUCUGCUAGAGCGACGAGCGGCCGCAUUAACAGCAGGCAUUGGCCGGUUGUAUAUCAGUGGCCUGCAGCACGGCACCAACACCAGGAAGUUGUCAACUCUGCUGAAGCAGGGGCCGUCUCGUCCUGAGGUUCUUCUCUUCUCCGAGCCCAUCGUACUUCUGCUCAGUUUAUUCAUGGCAGUGGUGUAUGCUACACUGUACAUGCUCUUUGCCGCUUUCCCAAUUGUGUUCAGAGAACAACACGAAUGGUCAAUCGGUGAAUCUAGUGUUGUUUUCACAACCAUGGCUGUUGGAAUGUGCGCUGCGCUCGGUUUCAUGGCCAUAGAAAAGCAAAGCGAGUUCAAAGAUCCCCUUCAGGGGGCACCCCAGAAAUGCGACUUCCUGUCUGUAUCGUUGGGGGCAUUUUCGUCCCGGCAGGACUGUUCAUUUUGCCUGGACCAACAAUCCGAACAUUCAUCGGAGCGUUUGCCUGUUGGGACUGCCCUCUUUGGCUUCGGUAACGUUCUGAUCACCCUUGGCUACUUCAACUAUCUCAUCUUCCUUACUAAGAUCCGUGCUUGGCGCAGCGUUUCCGUUGUCACAUCUAAUAUGUAUUAUCGUCUUGGAUCUAAUUGGGCUUCAUCUAUUCCGGGUUUCCUCGCCCUAGCCUGUGCGCCUCUACCAUUUAUCUUUAUGAAGUACGGUUUCUCCAUUAGAAAACGUUGCAAAUACUCUGCAAAGGCCCAAAAGCUACAGGAGAAGAUGAAGGAAUCGAGCGGGACUGAGAACAGCGAAGGGAACUCAUGGCACGCAAAAUUCUUGUAG